ACCCAAUCAGGAGAUAAGGCCGGCUUCACCUGCCGCCGAAAUAGUACAUUUUUCUCUUUCGAACCAUUUUGUCGGUCCUUCCUGUACCUUUUUUUUCUAAAUCUCGACACCAUUUAAGUUCUAGCCGCUAAAUGCCGAGUGUAAAGCUUAAAUCAUGUUAAGUAAAUGUAUAUGCAGAAAUACGGAGUCAACAGAUAUCACUCGUCAGCAAAAACGAGGGUAAGAGGGGCUGUCACGGACUGCCAUAGAACAUCAACCAUGACAGUGCGGUGUGAUGGCUGCAUGGGCCAGAGCGAAAUUGCUAGCGUUCUGCGACAUUUGGUUCUUGACACUCGAGUACGACUGGCAGACUGCCAUCCAACUCGAACUAUUAGUUAGCGCCUAAGAGUGCAAAAGCAAAGUGCAAAGUUAGUCAGAUUACUUGAAAGGGGUUCUAGAUGGAUGCAUUGGUCCCCUUUGUUUAACAUCUAAGGCUGCGGUGUGUCACACAGCCAAAUCACUUGGUUGGAUAAUCGCAUCCCAAGUGGUCGCCGAGUCUAAUAAAAACCCUUGUCGGCCGCCUAUUAAUAUUCGAAAAGUGCUGAAAGGCAUGGAUUUUGUUCUCCCAAGAACCUGUUAAGGUGGUGCGGCAAAUAUAUAGAUGUAGGACAUUCCAGAAAGCCCUUGAUCCGACAACUAUUCAAUGAUAAAAAAAUAGCUCGGGCAAAUGGGCGUACGCUGGGUAGCAACGAGUUGUAAUGAUACUUGCGCGCAAGGAGGGGUCCUGAUCAAAACAGCUGGCUUCUUGUAUGAUAGCAAUGUCAUGGCGCUGGCAGGCUAUGUAUAUUUUCUUGGCUGGGUAAACUGUGGGUAUCUGGUCUAUGAAAUAACUAGGUCGAGUGUUUCUUAGCUGGCAUGACCCUGGGUCAUAUGACACGUUGGUGACAACAACGGCGUGCUCUAGCGAAGUAUUAUUAUACCCGCCCGGUACAUACACCAGUUAGACACCAACGGCACGAAAUCCGACCAUGUUGGUGUCUCAACAAGGAUUCCCAUGAAUCUAUGGACCCGAAUAUCGGCCUCUUUGGCGAGAAGCGGAGAAAAGAAGAAAAGAAAAGAAGCAUGAAGCUAGCGAUCUCGUUUUGUCGCGGAAUGGCUAGACUGAUAGAAAGUUCAGCCCGUGUGGUUAAAUAAAGCAGCCAUAUUCCCAAGAAUGUACUCCGUACAUCCCCGACAACGGAAACGACCGACUGAUUUUCCUAAUCAAGUCAAAAAGUCCAUACCUCUGCAUCUGCAGGACAACAAUCAAGCCAACUCCACUCGGAUGAAGAAACACCGUAACGGCGAGAGCAGCUAGGCGUUGUGUCUCAACAGCUCCCCUUUCUGCAGGAUGGAUACGGCCAAUAGCUAGCUGGUGGCUAUUGUUCCAAUAACCAUAUGCUCCACACCAAAAAAUAAAAUUGUGGUAGCUAUAGUUGGAAACUUCAACGGAUACCACGCUAAUAGCCGCCAUUCUAUGUGGCUCCGAGCUCCCUUCUGACACGUCGCAUUCUUUGUCGCUCCAUACUGGGCGAGGAAAACGUGUAGGCUAGUUGACCUGCAGAACCAGUGAACCAUCGGCUUCACUAUUACCAAUGCAGUAAUGUAGGCUUGGACCCAAAAGGUGUGAUAAGGAGUGAUUCCAUGCGUUUCAAGAGCGCUCGCAAAAGGAAAGUACCUUUAAUCACGAGGUCAGCUAGAGGGUUCUGGUUUCAAGCCUGAGCACUGCUUCAGCCCGUAUUUUGCUUGUGAAGGAACCCUGCCCAUGUCUGGUGAUCGCAGUCCAGACUAUUUGACAGUAUGACGGCACCCUUAGAUUCUAGGAAUGUAGAAAUGUCGGACCCACGAUCCCCGCAACAAAACGGGUCUAGUAGUCGGCGGAUGAGAGUAGAAAUUAUUGUACACAUCAAUGUAUUAUCAAAUUUGCAGCUGUAAUGAAGGAAAUGGCCUCAAAUCUGGGCGCCAUUUUGGUAUCAUGUGGGGAAAGACAAUCGGGUAUCAAAAUUCAUAUACUAUUCUCCACAUAGAAACAGCGAAUGCGCCAUGAGAGAAUAGAGGGAUUGGUAUGCGUGUGCUAGGCCAAGGUUGUGCUCAUGCGCUCCACCCUCUGUCUUUCAUUAUGGUGGUAGACCAGCCAGUCCCGGUUGCUCCGUGGGAGAGAUGCAUAAGCCGCUCUUGUCGAGAACACGUCAACAGAGCAGGGAAAUACCUUAGGACUAGGGUACUGAUCAACCGGAUUGUCUAGAACCAGAGAGUAGGAGCUACCGGCUGGCCGGCAGCUGAAUAAGUAAUCGUGGUAUCAACUCUUCAAUUUUGGGGUAUAAAUAUCGCCUUCUGUCCCACGAAAUAUCUAGAUUGCUUUCUGCUUCAAGGGCAAGAAAUCAGUUGAUUCAUUCCACCGUUUGCAGAACUAUUGUUCAUUUCAUGCUUCCAUCUCCCACAACCUAGGCUGCUAUUGAGCGUUUCACUUUGUGUCGUGUCUUUCUCCCUGGAUCCGUUCCCUUGUUGCCGUCCAAUUCUUGCUGUGAAUACCACCGUUAUUAUAUAGGGUGAGUGGUUUCAUCCAAGAGGCCACAGUAGUGGCGAUAAAUGUGUAAAGACCGUCUUUUCGAGAUGGCAUAUAAUCCUUUCCCAAUGAGAAUGUUCAUCCCAUGUGUUAUCCCCGCUGUCGGAUUGAGCCACUGCUGUACAACUUAGAAAAAAACAAAAAAACAAACGAGAGAUGCAGAUGUUCUCCCAGGCCUGGAAUGAGGGGACAUACUCACAAUAGUAGUUAUAAUGGCAGUUCCAGAUACCAUUAUUCCCCCCGGCCUCCCCGAUACCUCCCUUUGGUCUCCCCCUCAAUUCCCAGGAAAACGUGGUGGCAAGGUGACUCCGCUCAUCAGCAAUAGUGAUGCAACAGAACAGCGUGGAAAAGUUCAGUUUGAUCCAAGAACGCAUCUUCAAUUUAACCCUCCUUCAAAGGUUCACUCUAUGAAGGAAUUAGGUUAUGAUGAUAAUGCUGGGAUAUCUCCAAUUGGGGUAUCUGAACCAUUCCCGCUAUUCUCAGCUGAGGCUAUUCACUGUAUGAGGUCAGAAGUGUUGAGCAAAGAGGUAUGGAGUGAGUAUCAGUUUUCAAGUGAUCUGGCGAUGUGUCAGCUUCGAGGAUUUGCCCCAAAAUAUGCGCCAUUCGUGUAUGAUGCAUGGAAAAGCCCUGAGACGCUAGCUAUUGUGUCAAAAAUUGCGGGGAUAGACCUGGUUACUGCCAUGGACUGGGAGAUUGGCCACGUCAAUAUUUCCGUCCAUACAGAGGAAGAGAAGAAUAAUGCUCUGGCGGAGGCUGUGAAUGGGGCGGCAGGCACAUAUGAUGAUGAUGUUGCCCCCAUUGUUGACUGGCAUACAGACAGUUAUCCUUUCGUUUGCGUGACUAUGUUGAGUGACUGCACCGACAUGAUAGGUGGAGAGACAGCACUUCGCAGAGGUGAUGGUAGCGUUGUGAAAGUGAGGGGCCCACAAAUGGGAUGUGCCGUGGUACUUCAAGGGAGGUACAUUGAGCAUCGAGCUCUACGAGCACUCGGCACGACUGAGAGGAUCACAAUGGUCACUUCAUUCCGGCCUCGCUGCCCAAAACUUAAAGACGACACUGUGUUGACAACCGUCCGACCUAUCUCCGACCUGUCUGAACUGUACUUUCAGUUCAGUGAGUAUCGGUUGGAGAUGUUGGAGGAGAGAAUUCGAAGCCAGCUAAAGGAAGCUCGUGAUGCAAGAUAUGCCGGCAGGCCCUUCAAUACACAGAAGCUGAAAGCGUUCCUCGCAGUCCAGAUUGAGUUCCUAACUCAUAUGAACAACGAGAUUGUUGAAAACGAUAAGGUGCAAAAGGGUGUCACCGAUGACAGCCACCUGCGAUCAGCAGAUCUGAAGGAGCGCUCAAGAAAACGGGCUCUUGCUACGGCUGCAUAGAGGCCAAACCGAUGGUUACUUUAGGGCUUGUUUGGUGCAUAGGACUUUGAACGUUCUAUUCUGUUGUUCGGGAAACGGUUAACUUGAUAUACUCCUCUCACUAAGUUGCUUUGGGUUUCUUUCAUCGGUUCUCCUGUUUCCCGUGGUCAAUUUUGG